CAUGUGUACCCGUCCAUACCCAGACUGCAGUGUGGAGCAGGGGGAGUGUUGUGACAUGGACAGCACCAAUGAGAGCGGGGUGGGCUCUGACACCUCUGAUGGGGGGCGGAGCAACGAGAAGGAGGAGGGGCUAGGUGGACUGUUCAACAAUUCUGGCCAGCUGAUUGGCUCGGCUUCUGCGUCCGUCUUCUCGGGGGAGGAACAGUUUGAGGACUACGGAGAGGGGGAGGACGUGGACUACACUCCCAGCAGCCCUUGCCCCGACGAUGACGCUCGCACCAACGGCUUCUCAGACCUCGGCUCCUCCCUGCCCUCCAGUGCUGGUCAGACCCCUCUGAAGAUGUGUCACCUGUACAACAGUGAUGUGUUGGAUGUCUAUUGUUCUCAGUGCUAUAAGAAGGUUAACCUGCUCAACGACCUGGAGGCCAGGCUCAACAACCUCAGAGCCAACAGCCCCAACAGAAAGAUAUCCAGCACUGCCUUUGGACGUCAGUUGUUCCAACACAACCACAGUGCUUUUAGCAGCAGUCAGGGAAGCACAGAGGACCUGUUCAGAGACUCCAUCGACUCUUGUGAUGUGGACAUUACUGAGAAGGUGAGUUACCUGGAGAAGAAGGUGACCGAGCUGGAGAAUGACAGUCUGGUUAAUGGAGACCUCAAGUGUAAACUCAAACAGGGCAACACACAGCUAGUACACAGGGUUCAUGAGCUGGAGGAGCAGCUGAAGGACCAGGAGAGCAGAGCAGAUCAGACCCUGGAGGAAGAGACACAUAGACACAGAGAGACCUACUGCAAGAUGGAGAGAGACAAGAACACAGACAUAGAGCUGCUCAGUAACAGAGUUCAGCAGCUGGAGGAGGAGAAUGGGGAGAUGAAACUGAACGUGUGUAAACUGAAGUCUCAGACUGAGAAACUAGACCAGGAGAAGCAGCGUAUGACAGACCGGUUGGAGGACACCAGUCUGAGGCUGAAGGAUGAGAUGGACCUCUACAGGAAGAUGAUGGACAAGCUGUGGCAGAACAGACAUGAAUUCCAGAAGGAGAGAGAGGCCAUGCAAGAGUUGAUAGAGGACCUGCGUAGGGAGUUGGAGCACCUGCAGCUGUUUAAGCUGGGUUCAGAAGCGGGGCAGGGGGCGGGGCUAUCAGAAUACAACGCCAAGACACGGGAAAUAGAGAUGGAGCAUGAGGUCAAGAGACUGAAACAGGAGAACUUUAAGCUGCGGGACCAGAACGAUGACCUGAACAGUCAGAUCCUCAGUCUGAGUCUGUAUGAAGCUAAGAACCUGUUUGCCUGCCACACCAAGGCCCAGUCACUGGCUGCUGAGAUAGACAACGCUUCUAGGGACGAGUUGGUGGAUGCUCUGAAGGAGCAGGAGUGUGUUAACCUCCGUCUGAGACAGUAUAUGGAUAAAAUCAUCCUGGCCAUUCUGGACCACAACCCCUCUAUCCUGGAGAUCAAGAGUAACAGUUAAACACACACACACACACACACACACACUAUCCGGAGACUGGCAGUAUUAUGAUGGUGUUCACUUUAUGAUGAUGAUAAUUAUUCUAAGUUAGGUUGACACACACUCUCCCUCUGGGUUCACGACCUCCAGGAUGACUGGCCACUAGCCUACAACGAUGUCAUCAUUUACUAUGAUGAUGAUAAUUAUUCUAAGUUAGGUUGACACACACUCUCCCUCUGGGUUCACGACCUCCAGGAUGACUGGCCACUAGCCUACAACGAUGUCAUCAUUUACUACUGAUUUAACAAUGAGGAAUAUUUGCAAACCAGAGCGCGGCACUUUUAAUUGGUUAACUGAGCUGUUCGAUCACGUUCAAAAGUGGGUAAAGGUCGUAGGUGAGGUCGUAGUGUAAGGUCGUAGUGUAACAGAUGGCGUGGGUAGGUUAAGACGAGGGAUUUUAAGAUUCCUUGGGGUUAAGGUCUGAUAGCUUGGUAGAGAUGGGAGUCGUUGGUCAUAUUAUGGACCGUUCGGGUGUUUGAUGCCGGGAUACAGUAGAAUCAACCGUGAGGU